AUGGCUUCAUCGUCAGACGACGCAUCCACGCUUCCACACUCAUCUUCCGCCUCAAAACUCCUGAAAACGAGUGCGGCCGAACGAAGAAAGAAGGUUUUCUUGGGAGAAUUGCCAGAUGACUUUCUACGCAUUACCGUCCCAGCAACAGCAAUUCCCCAGCACCCUGAACAACAGCAUCAGCAGCAACAUCAACAGCAACAACAGCAACAGCAGCAGCAACCUGUAAUUCCGGUAUAUAUAGCAGAUCCAGUUUUGGCUGCUCAACAAAGUGUACUGCAAGCACAGGUGUUGCUUCCACUAUUUCGUUACAGCUUCUAAUU